GGCCACGGCCGGAUAAGACUCACCAAGCUUAGGUAAGCAACUCAACAAUGGAGGGGGUGGGAGCAGCACUACUGUGGAGCCAAGUGGUUUCGCCACCGUCGUUCCAGGCGAUGCUGUUCACGGUGGCGGCCAUGGCCGCCGGAGCGUUCGCCGUGUACUUCUACGCGCCGUCGUGGCGCCUGCGCAGGGUCCCCGGCCCGCUCGCAUACGGCCUCGUCGGCCACCUGCCGCUGCUGGACAAGCAUGGCUCGCAGGCGUUCGGCGUCCUCGCAAAGAAGUACGGGCCCAUUUACAGGUUCUACAUGGGCAGGCAGCCGCUGGUGGUGAUCGCCGACCCGGAGCUGUGCAGGGAGGCCGGCAUCAAGAAGUUCAAGAACAUUGUCGACAGGAGCGUCCCGGUCACCAUCGCUAGCUCGCCCAUCCACUACAAGAGCCUCCUCUUCACCAAGGGCUCGACAUGGCAGGCGAUGCGGAACGUGAUCAUCUCCAUCUACCAGCCGUCGCAUCUGGCGAGCCUCAUUCCGGCCAUCCAGCCCUACAUCGAGCGGGCGGGCAGCCUGUUCUGCCCCGGCGAGGAGAUCACCUUCUCCGACCUCUCCAUCAGGCUCUUCACCGACGUCAUCGGCCAGGCCGCAUUCGGCGUCGACUUCGGCCUCACCAAGGACGCCGACGACGCCGAGAACGAGAAGAUCAUCCAUGACGCGCCCCGCGACUUCAUCCAGAAGCACCUGUACGCCACCACGUCCCUCAAGAUGGACCUGUCCGGCUCGCUGUCCAUGCUCGUCGGCACCUUCCUGCCGGCGCUUCAGAGGCCGCUGCGGCAGAUGAUGCUGCGCGUGCCGGGCUCCAUGGACCGGCGGAUGGACGAGACCAACGCGGCGCUCAGCGGGGAGCUCGACGCCAUCGUGGCGGAGCGGGCGGCGCAGGCCGACCGGGGCCAGAAGAACUUCCUCUCCGUGCUCCUCAACGGCAUCGACACCAGCGACGCCAUGAGGAAGCUCUUCACGCCGGACUACGUCAGCGCGCUCACCUACGAGCACCUGCUCGCGGGCUCCGGCACCAUGUCCUUCACGCUGUCGAGCCUGGUCUACCUCGUGUCGGCGCACCGGGAGGUGGAGGAGAAGCUGCUCCAGGAGAUCGACGCGUUCGGGCCCAAGGACGUGGUGCCCGACGCCGACGACCUCCGCACCAGGUUCCCCUACCUGGAGCAGGUGCUGAAGGAGACGAUGCGAUACUUUCCCGGCUCCCCGGUGGUCUCGAGGGAGGCGACCGCUGACGUCGAGAUCGGAGGCUAUUUCCUGCCCAAGGGGACGUGGGUGUGGCUGGCGACGGCGGUGCUGGGGAGGGACCCGAAGCAGUUCCCGGAGCCCGAAGCUUUCCGGCCGGAGCGCUUCGACCCGGAGAGCGAGGAGUGCAAACGCAGGCACCCCUACGCAUACAUCCCCUUCGGCAUCGGCCCGCGGGCGUGCCCGGGGCAGAAGUUCGCGUUCCAGCAGCUCAAGCUCACUGUCAUCCACCUCUACCGCCGCUACGUCUUCAGACACUCGCCCGGAAUGGAGUCCCCGCUGCAGCUGCAGUUCUCCAUCGUCACCAACUUCAAGAACGGUGUCAAGCUCCAGGUCGUCCAAAGGAACAACUAAUAUGAUUGUAACAGCCACUUGAACUGUUUUUUUAACGUUUUUCUAAGGAUAGCUACUUGAACUGUUGAACAUCGAUCGCGAACGAUAGUACGUUUGCGAUCCGUUCAACAUGUGCGAAUUAUGAUUCUUGAAAGUGUGUAAUUGAUUUGUUCAAUUUAGUAAAAGUUGAGGUUUGAGAA